UGGGGGCACCGCGCUCUCCCAACCGCGCGGAUCCUUUUUGGAAAUUAAUAUUUAAAAAAAAAAAAAAAGCCGAGGACGCAGAGGGGAAGGUGGGGGCAAGAGGGAAGGCGAGACACACACACAGAAAGAGAGAGAGAGACAGAGACAGAGAGACAGAGCCCCACAGUGAGAGGAAGGAAGGAAGGCAGGCAACAGUCGCCGGCAGCCAAUGUGAAGACAGGACUCCGUGCGCCCCUCGCUGCCUCUGCCCGGCCACAUCGAUGUUGUGUCCGCCGCCCGCUCGCCAGGAUCACGAUGAACGCGCAGCUGACUAUGGAGGCGAUCGGCGAGCUGCACGGGGUGAGCCAUGAGCCGGUGCCCGCCCCUGCCGACCUGCUGGGCGGCAGCCCCCACGCGCGCAGUUCCGUGGCGCACCGCGGCACCCACCUGCCCCCGGCGCACCCGCGCUCCAUGGGCAUGGCGUCCCUGCUGGACGGCGGCAGCGGCGGCGGCGAUUACCACCACCACCACCGGGCCCCCGAGCACAGCCUGGCCGGCCCCCUGCACCCCACUAUGACCAUGGCCUGCGAGACUCCCCCAGGUAUGAGCAUGCCCACCACCUACACCACCUUAACCCCUCUGCAGCCGCUGCCGCCCAUCUCCACAGUCUCGGACAAGUUUCCCCACCAUCACCACCACCACCACCACCACCACCACCCGCACCACCACCAGCGCCUGGCGGGCAAUGUGAGCGGUAGCUUCACGCUCAUGCGGGACGAGCGCGGGCUGGCCUCCAUGAAUAACCUCUAUACCCCCUACCACAAGGACGUGGCCGGCAUGGGCCAGAGCCUCUCGCCCCUCUCCAGCUCCGGUCUGGGCAGCAUCCACAACUCCCAGCAAGGGCUCCCCCACUAUGCCCACCCGGGUGCCGCCAUGCCCACCGACAAGAUGCUCACCCCCAACGGCUUUGAAGCCCACCACCCGGCCAUGCUCAGCCGCCACGGAGAACAGCACCUCACGCCCACUUCGGCCGGCAUGGUGCCCAUUAACGGCCUUCCUCCGCACCACCCCCAUGCCCACCUGAACGCUCAGGGCCACGGGCAGCUGCUGAGCACAGCCCGGGAGCCCAACCCUUCGGUGACCGGCGCGCAGGUCAGCAAUGGAAGUAAUUCAGGGCAGAUGGAAGAGAUCAAUACCAAAGAGGUGGCGCAGCGUAUCACCACCGAGCUCAAACGCUACAGCAUCCCACAGGCCAUCUUCGCGCAGAGGGUGCUCUGCCGCUCCCAGGGGACCCUCUCGGACCUGCUGCGCAACCCCAAACCCUGGAGCAAACUCAAAUCUGGCCGGGAAACCUUCCGGAGGAUGUGGAAGUGGCUGCAGGAGCCGGAGUUCCAGCGCAUGUCAGCGCUCCGCUUAGCAGACUUUUUUCCUGAACCGUUUGAAGCGUGCAAAAGGAAAGAGCAAGAGCAUGGGAAGGACAGAGGCAACACACCCAAAAAGCCCAGGUUGGUCUUCACAGAUGUCCAGCGCCGAACCCUACAUGCAAUAUUCAAGGAAAAUAAGCGCCCAUCCAAAGAAUUGCAAAUCACCAUUUCCCAGCAGCUGGGGUUGGAGCUGAGCACCGUCAGCAACUUCUUCAUGAACGCGAGGAGGAGGAGUCUGGACAAGUGGCAGGACGAGGGCAGCUCCAAUUCAGGCAACUCAUCUUCUUCAUCAAGCACUUGUACCAAAGCAUGAAGGAAGAACCACGAACUAAAACCUCGGUGGAAAAGCUUUAAAGAAAAAAGAAAAAAAAAAUUUUUUUUUAAAGACCAGGAACCUCAAAAUAGCAGGUUUAUUCUUAGAAAUAUUUGAAGAAGAAAAAAAAGAAGUGUUAUUUAUAGUCCAGAGAAACCAAAGACUUAGCUCACCUGCAUUCUGACUUUGUUCGGAGACACACACUUCAGCGGGGCGACGACUUGGCAAGAGAAACGAUGAGCAGGAAACGCCACUGGAUCUCACACCUUCAGUCUGUGGUCAUUGUCACUGUGCUCGGCUGUUUAGUGCUUUGAAGCAUUAGUGGUUUUGAGCCACUGAGUGGACAUCUUUUAAGGUCGGACUUUCUCAUCUGUUCUACCACGCCAUGAAGGUGUAUGGUGUCUCAGUACUGUGCAUGGGUGUGCACAUGUGUACACACACACACACACACACACAUACACACACACACACAAACACACACCACCAGUGGUUAGAGACUUAGGCAGGGCUGGUCUUCAGGAAGAGUUGUGUUGUGGGAAUGCGACCAACGUAGUAUGGGGUUGUCUGAGUUCGUUGGAUUAUAGGAGUGUGAUUUCGCUCGUCUAGCCUAACGUUUGAACCUGCCAGGCCCGCAACCUAAAUGCAGAUUCAAACCCAGCAAAGAAAAUUUGAAUGACACCUAAACCAGUGCAUUCUCUUUGUUUGUUAAGGAAUGUUCAGAUAUUUUUUAAGAAAUGAAACAAGAGUCCAUCCAUUAAGGAAAAAAAAAAAAAAAAGAAUCACCUAGGUACCAAAGAACACACUUAAUAUUAUAGUGCAGGUAUUUUAUUGCAAUGAUUUUAAUAACCAAAGCUAUUUUUACACAAGAUGCUAUGUAAAGUUAUAACGUAUGAACUGAUCUAGCUGUAACACACAUGCCACGUAGAAUCAUGACUAUUAUUUAUGACUCUUGAAGCAUUUAAAAUAUGAGUUUUCAGAACUGGCAAGAAAGAAUGUAGCUUCAGGGAAGCAAUUAAUAUCAUGGAAGAGAGGUCGAUGCAGUACACAUGUACAUCCAGACAGCACACUCCUUUCCAGGAUCCAUAAAUGUCACUUAAGUAGAGAGAUAGACAUGAUUUCAUAAUCUGUUCCUAGCUGAGAAAACCUAGGGAUCCUUCCAAAGUAGGACCCCAUUUUACACUAGAAAGCUAAGUUUAACAGGGUAGGUAAAUUAAAUAAACAAAAAUCUGUUCAACGUAAUGCUUUUUAGUAAGAGACUGCUAAGUAAAGAACUCUAUACUUAGGUUAAUUUGACUUAAAUUUGCUUUAUGUAUCUGGCACCAAAUACCUUUUUAAAAAUACAAACACAAGUAAGCAGAUGACUAUUGUUAUUAAAAUGAACUAUCUAGUAUUUGUAACCAUUCUAAAAGUAAUCAAACUGAUAUUCUUGCCAAUCCCAGGCAUUUUAUGAUUUGGACAUCAGCAGAACAGCAAGUGCGACUGAGAAAUGGUAGAACUGGUGGGACUGCAUAGGAAAAGCAGAGUUCUAGUGGAAGACAAGACUUUUGGUCCUAAGUGUUAAUUUAUUUCACUAAGAAUAGCCUUCAUAGCAUUCUACAUUCUUUCUUGCUACUGCAUUAAGCUGGAAAUUAUAUAGUAUAGAUUCCACUUUCUAACAGGGACAGAUAAAAUACUACAUCUGAGCUUCCAAAUACAAAUUUUUAAAUUUCUAUUUUUUCAAGUCACUUAACUGGUGUUGUAGAAAUCAAGGCAAAAGAAAAAAAAAAAAGAUAAUAAAGGUACCCCAGGGAAUCAAUUAAUCCCCAGAAAAAUCAUCUCUGAAUUCAGUUGGAUUGUAAUUUAUAUAAGUAGAUGCCUAUUGUACCAUUAGGUAAAGAAUUGGAUACUCUUAGUUACUUACCACACCUAACUAGAGAUAUGAAAUUAAAUAUUAUCCUGACAAUAAGUUGUUUAUUGAGAUGCAUCAAAAUGCCAAGGAAAAAUAAAUAAAUCAUCUUGAUGCAAAACCUAACUCCUUAGCAUCAAAUCUGAGCAUCCUGUCUAUGUCUAAAACAGACAGGUACCUGGAGAGGUGAAGCUAAACCAACAAGCCAUCUAUUGUGCCUCCUUCACGUCUACUGUAGGAUGAGAAAAGGAAACCAACAUAGACUUCUCCUUUAACGAAAUACUGCUUUUGCCUUGACCUAUUUUGUCUUAGUAUUUUUUUUUAUUUCACCCAAAAUUCCAGCUUAAAUUUUCCCUUCUAAAUAUGGCACAAGUACAGUUCAGCUAUUAAAAGAGACCAUUUAAAUGGCCACCCUUCAAGAUUUGCGAGAAAUGUAAACUAGUCAAUGACAUAAACAAAAAGGAAGAAACUGAUUAACAUUUUUCUCUCUCUCCAGGAAUGGAGGGAGCCAGGGAUACAGCCAAUGUAUUUAUAAUUUCACAGGGAGGAAAGCCUUAUUUAUUUAAAAUAUGAUAAUUUCAAAUGCAGGGAAAUUCAAGCUAUAUCUCACACAUAAUCUUACCAAAUUCAAUGACCCAGGAAAAACAAGAGUUAAAUUCAGACAACCAUUUUUUUUUGCUUUGUUUUUACUAUGUAACCCCCCCAAAUUAAUCCAAGUGCAUGUUAUAUUUUCAGCCAAUUAUUUUGGUAUGUGUAGGCACAGUGUCAAAGAAUAUUACUUCAUUUUUACUAUCCCACCAUAAUUUAAAAAAAAAAACAAAAAAAAAACAGUUAUCCUGUUUGCUAACACCAAAGAUAAUUCUCAUACCAGCAUUGAAUUUGCACCCAUUAUGCAAUUUCAGGGCCUAGAGAUAUAUUUUCUCAUAAACAGAUGCACAAAUCAGAGCCUGAAAAGCAAUUUUUUUACUUGACUGUUUAAGCAUACUCACAACCUUUGCUUUUUAGAAAUCAUAAUGGACAAACUUAGCUUCUCACAAGCAAUACACUUAUUACAUCAAGUAGGACUAAUUCUUUACUUGCUUCCAAACUGGCAUGUAGGAAAAAAUGCUUCCGUCCCUGUUUAGUAGCAUUAAUUUAUGGCUUGGAUUUGUUUAACCUACAUUCAACAGAGCAGAUCAUGUGCCAUUUGUUCACCCAUCAUUUUUCAACCCCUUCAUAGCAUUCAUCCCCCCCUAAAAAAUUAUCUCACUCUUUUAUUUGUAGGCUUGUUUAUUCCAAAGCUGCACUUCAAAUAAUACUUUUUUGUUUAGUAGAAUAGAAGUUAGUCUAUUUUUGACCAUAAAUCAUUCAGGUCCUUUCAUGACUGGAAGCUUUCCUGAAAGAGGGCAGGGAGGAAUAAAGUCUGGACACCCCAAAAACCCAGGCUUCAGUAAAUGUUCAGGUGAAAGAGUUCUGGAUUUCAGAAGUAGAGUAUUCCAGUUCCUAUAUGCAGCUGGAAUAGACUCCAAAGACCAAAGAAAAUAUGUGGGGAACUCCAGAAGUUCUCAAUGAACAUGUUACUCACUGUGCCCCCCCCAAAAGAGCAUAAUUAUUUUUUCAGGAAAAUAUAAAAGCACUACGCUACUUUCGGACUCAUUCCACUCCCAUUGCUUACCCCAGGUGAAUGACCCAUCUUUGCAGGUUAAAUGCAAACUUUGCUAUACCAAAGAGUCCUAGGACAUUUUCACAUGAGCUAGAAAGGCAUUUUCCCUAAGAAAGGUCCUCCCUUCUUUGUACAUAAAGGAUGAAAACUAUGCAUUUAGCAAACAAAGAGAAAGCACUUCUCCCUUUUCUAUCUUGUUGUUUAGGGUGCAUUCAAACACCAGAGGCUGUUUUGAGACACUGUUUGGCCUUCUGGGUUAUUCUUGUGGUGUGGUUAGCUUUACAGUACAUUUGGUAACUAUUUCCUAAAUAGCAAGGACAGAGAAGCAGAUGGUAAGAAAUAGCUACUUCCACGUGUAAAAAAAAAAAAAAAAAAAAAAAAAAAGUGUAAAGAUCUACUAUUUAUAGUGUGAACCAAAGACGCUACCUCACUCAAUUUCCAUUGGUGAUUUUAAUCACAUUGAUGAUACCAAAGAAUACCAAAGAUAUUUUCAUGCACGGCCUUGGUCUGCAGAGGGAACUCCGCCCCUCCCCUUCCCCCACCUCCUCUCCCCUCCUCACUCUUCACUCAGUGUGUAAACUUGUCUUCAUUCUUAAUAAAGAUACGAUAAUGAUAACAACAACGUUAGGAAAUACUACUCUUAUUACUGCUAGUUCUACUUGUAAAUCUCUAGGCAAACAUGUUGCAAACUUUGUAAACUCCUAGGACGAGUGCCUUGCUUGAACCAAAGUGUUAAACCGCUGUUGACCUCUCUCACCUUAUACUCUUUGAAUACCUCAGCCUCUUAGAAAGGCCACUAAUGAAAAAAAAAAAAAAGGAAUAAUUAUUCACCGUGGUGCUUUUUCCGUGCAACCAUGCAAUGAAACUUUCUUUGAUACCAAAGGAUGACUUUUUUUCCCCAAUUUCUUGCUGAUAAACCAAAGCUCCUCCUCCUUGUUCCCUCUCGAGGUCCCCCCACCCCACUUCACCGGGUCCCCCCCCCACCAGGCAGGCCGUGCAUCACUUUUACCAAUUCCUCCAAAUACCUCAUAGUAAUAAAGUUUUAGGGUUAUGUUGUAUAGAGAGUCUAUGUGAUAAGGCAGAACUUACUAGUUUGAUAAUUGUUAAGGUUACUUUAAAAAAAAAACUUUAUAAUUCUUAUUUAUUUUGUAGUUUGUAUGUUUGGGAUGUCCCCCCUCCCCUUUGGUUUGGGGUUUAUUUUCUUGGCAGAACUGCUCUAUUGCUCAAGGAAGACUUAAUUUCUGGAAAUGUUCCCCAGGUGGGUUAAGGGUUGUGUAAAAAAAUGCAAGAAUGGAAUAAGAAGUGAUUUUCAUUUUGAUGGUUACUUAUGAAGUUUUUGUGUUUCGUAGAAAAUUUUUUUCCACAGGGUAAAAAAAAAAAUAUAUAUAUAUAUAUAUAUAUAAUCUCCUUUUUUUGUGAAACUGGUUCCUAUUUUUCUCUAUAAUGUGCUGUGAUUUUUUUAAUUUAAUUACAUUUUAUAUGAGCUUAUUUAAUCACUGCUUUAAUUUAUGACUGUGUAGUUUUUAAAAUGUAUAUAGUAGAAUCGAAAUGGCCAAAGCUUUAUGUUACAAUCUUUUUGUUCUUGAUGCUAAGACAAGCUGAAGGCAAGAGCUUCUCUUAACUGCAGGGUGUAUCUUUAUCUUUUUCUUAGUAGGCACUUCAACGUGUGCUGUGAACACUGCCAGGUCCCCCCUCAGAAACAUGUACAUGCCAAAAUGAGUGUCCCAAGGUAGUCCUUUUUCUCGUUUAGAAAGAAGAAAAGGCAUUAUUCGUGUUCUUCCUUUAAUUUAUUAACUUUUUUUUAGAAAAGAUUACUUUGCAGGUAAGACCUGAAAUUCCAAAGAAUUUAAGAGUUUUUUGAUAUUUCAAAGCACUGGCAUUUGUGAGAUACUUUGCUACUCCUUUUUUUUUUUUUUUUUUUUUCAUCAUUCACACGGGUAUGAGAAGUAAAGGGUGUAAAAAGUCAAAGAGACAAGCUAACUUGAAUUUGGAAAUCCUCUACGUUUUCCCAAGUUUCUGAAUUGCUUCAAGCCGGGGGCCAAGGCAUGGAGAAGAACACAGUUCCUUUUGCAAAGGUGAAAGUGUCAAAGGCUUCAUGCCCUGAGAGAGGAAGACAAGGCGGACAGUGGCUGACUCAACGGCCCCUGUGCCCCUGGCCAGCUCAUGGAAGCUGCAAAACACGAUCAAUUAUCAAUAGAAUUUAAGGGAAAAAAAAUCUUUCAAAGUUACAUAUCCCUCUUCACAUCUGCUAGCCAAGACUGCCCCCAUUACUGCCCAUACACUCCUAGCAAAAUUGUAAGGAUUACCCUCAAAUGUCAGGGUCCCUGGGGUGAAUGUACCCCAGGACUAUUAGAGUUUGUCUCUUCUCACUCUUUCAUCUUCCCCCUAGUUUUCUUUCCUGCACUAGAGACGAUCUGUGCCCCGGACCCCCUCACUCGAGGCAGUUCAGAUAUCUAAAGCAGGCCCUGCUUUAGAUGAGCACAUACACAGGAUUCUCAACAGACUAGCAGCAUCCACAGAAAAGCCGGUGCCCCACUAUUUGGUUUUAUUUUGCUGAAAUAAGUUGUUUCAACUACAGGUCAUAAACCCAUAGAUGUAAAUACGCCCCCUCUCAACACAAGAAUUUUACCUUAGUUUCUUUUGCAAGGGGUGUUCGGGGAGGGCAGGGAAGGAAAGGGAGGGCUUAGACUUCAGGUCAAAAUGUUACAUUUUCUUAAGAACAUUUUUAUACUCAUUAUGUAUUUUUAAUAGGGCAAUAAAUCUGCUCUGAGUUGCAGGAUCGGUCAGUGCUCUGUUGGUAAGCGAUGACGAGUUCUUUGUUUUUAAGUACAAAUGCUGAGCA